GAUUACCCGAUAUGUAUUGUGUGUAAAUAAUCCAAGUAACUCAGUAUAGUUUUUAAUUUAACCACUUUCCAAUCGGCUGAUCACUGAAAAAAUGGCGUCGGAGCAAAAUUGCAACAGCUGCGCAUGCGCAAAUAAUGAAGCGCCAUUUCCGAAAACAACAAAGUGAUCUUUCAAAACAAAUAAUGGCGAAAAAGAAAACAGGUACGGCUGUGACCUGUGUGAGGUCAUCAAAGCGAGUGAGCGUCUCACCAGCAGAUCCUUCAAGCAUGUAUGAUUUCAUGAGUGAAUCCCUGCAACAUCAGGGCAAACCAGAUAUUAAGGAUCUAGCCAAAAGUAAGAACACUGCAAAAACUAAAGUCAAAGCAGUGAAAAAGUUUGGUAAAAUCAGUGCCAAGGAGCCAAAGAAAAGCAAGGUACAAUUAAGUGAAAAGAAAAAAGAAGCAACACCAAAAAGAACUCUGAGACAAUCAAAACAGGCAUGUGGGAAUGCAGCUCCAGCUGUGAUCAUAAAGUGUCCAAUAUCAACACCAAGUCUUGAUAACAUUUCUCCUAUUAUAAAACAGAAUACAGGAAGACACACAAAUGAGAGCAAGAGAAAAUUGAGAUCAUCUGAUGUGAAUAUUGAAACUCCUGCAGUUUCAUUUGCUGAAGCCCAACAAACACCUGCUUCAAAGGAUGACAGUGCAAUAUUUAUCUCUCCAAGAAAAACCAUGCCCAGAUUUGAUGAUGAGAAGACAUCAACGCCUGCAUCAUUUGCAACAAAACAGAAAACAAAACCUUUAAAAAGAGUUUUAAAGACCUCAACAGUGACUAACACAUCUACUCCAGAUGAACCAAAACCUAAACGAGCAUAUACAAAAAUAAUAGAAAAGAAUCCAGUCCCUUCACCAGCAGAAAGGGUGGAAACUCCAACUUCAGAUUAUGCCUCAAUGGAUUCAAGUAUUCUCACACCCAGCCCCCCAAAACCCAAGUCAGUGAGAAGAAAGAGGGAGAGUUCUCCAGCAUUUACACUGGAAGAGCAAGACAUUGAGUCGCCAAGUCUGAACAAAUCGAUGGAUGAUAAAAUGUACAAGAAAUCUAAAAAGAAGUAUAAAAGCCAUAAAGAAUCUUUGCAGGCCUCCAAGGUAGAGGAAUGGGCAGAGAAGGUCAACUCAGAACUCGAAGACGUUGAGAACUUCGAACUCAGUAUAGAAGACUGAUAGGCUGGCCCAACCGAUAUCAGUAGUCAGUCAGGCGAUUUUACUGAAAUUGGACUGAAAAUUGUUGAUAGAGAGCUCAUAGGCUUGUCUGACAAAUACCCGUAGUUACCGGUACAUGUAAGGCUUUUAAUUGAGAAGAUUGGACUUGACUUUCUAAUUGAGACCGGUUUUUAAGGGGUUUCAUGGAAAAGAUCGGACUUAUAGGCAGUCUAGCCUGUAACAUAAGCUGUCUAGCCAGUAAAGAAAGUUAAGGCAUUUCAUUGAAAAAAUUGGACCUAUCUAGCAAGUACCAUAGGCUGUCUAGCCAGUGCGUUUCAUUGACAAAAUUGGACUAUUAAACAGACAGUCUAACAAUAAUGAGCUUACAGGCUGUCUAUUCAAUACCAGAACUUUGUUAAUAAAUUUAACAGUGUUGUGCAUAUAGAAGCCUUAGUUAUUGUGCAACAUGUAUGUAUUGGACCAGUGGUUAGCAGCUGUCAUGAAUAUGCUAUGGAAUUAUUUUUACUCAACUGACCAGUAUUAGAGAUAUUGACAAGAGAUAUUGACAACAGCAAAUGUGUCAACAGCUAUGACUUACUUAGCAAGCCCUUUUCAUGUCUCUAAGUAACCUUCGAACAAACUCUUGACUUACUUUGAUACAUGUAUAAUUACAAAGUCACAGCCUGCCAAUGUAAACAAUUUAUUCUAUUUAAAAUUGAUUUUUUUUCACUUGUCUACAAUUAUGUUAAAAUUUGUAUUCAUGUAAGUAAUUGACAUUUACAAAAAAGGUCUUAUUUUUCUCAUAGCACUGCCUUUCAAAGAUUGUUUUGAAGGACUGAUUUAACCCUUCAUUUCCCAGUAUUGAAGGACUGAUUUCACCCCUUUAUUUCCCAGUAUAAAAGGAUUUAUUUCACCCUUUUAUUACCUGGUAUUGAAGGACUGAUUUCACCCAUUUAUUUCCUAGUAUUGAAGUACUGAUUUAACCCCUUCAUUUCCCAGUAUUGAAGGACCGAUUAUUAGCCUCUAUUUCCAUUUAUUUCAGGACUGAUUUCACCCCUUCAUUAUCUCAGUAUUGAAUGACUGAUUGUUACCGUUUAUUUCCCUAUAUUGAAGGACUGAUUUCACCUCUUCAUUUUCCUUUAUUUAAGGACAGAUUUCACCCUUUUGUUUAUUUGUAUUGAAGGAUGGAUUUCACCCCUUUAUUUCCCAGUAUAAAAGGAUUUAUUUCACCCCUUUAUUUCCCGAUAUUGAAAUUCUUAUUUCACCCCUCCAUUUCCCGGUAUUUAAGGAGUGAUUUCACCCUUUCAUUUCCCAGUUUUGGAAUACUGAUAUCACCCCUUCAUUUCCCAGUAUUGAAGGGCUAAUAUCACCCCUUCAUUUCCCAGUAUAGAAGGGCUGAUAUCACCCCUUCAUUUCCCAGUAUUGAAGGGCUGAUAUCACCCCUUCUUUUCCCAGUAUUGAAGGGCUGAUAUCACUCCUUCUUUUACCAGUAUUGCAGGGCUGAUAUUACCCCUUCAUUUCCCGGUAUCAAAUGCCAGAUUUCACCCCUUCAUUUCCUCGUAUUGAAGAACUGAUUUCACCCCAUCAUUUCCCAGUAUUGAAGAACUGAUUUCACCCCUUUAUUUCCUCGUAUUGAAGAACUGAUUUCACCCCUUCAUUUCCCGGUAUCAAAGGCCGGAUUUCACCCCUUCAUUUCCCAGUAUUGAUGAACUGAUUUCACCCCUUCAUUUCUCAGUAUUGAAGAAUUGAUUUCACCCCUUCAUUUCCCGGUAUCAAAGGCCGGAUUUCACCCCUUCAUUUCCCAGUAUUGAAGAACUGAUUUCACCCCUUCAUGUCCAAGUACCAGUAGCAUAUUGUACAUGUAAUAAAUAUUCUGUAUGUAAGUCUGUCUAUACUUGCAUAAAUCUUUUAUUAAUA